GUUAUCCAUAAACGCGUCAUGCUGUCAAAACAGGUUGAUAACAUUGACAUGAUUGUUUGACAGUUCUUUUAUGUCCAAUUCACCUCCCAGUGGCAUUAUACGCGUUUAGUCGUAACUCAUUUAAACGCAACGAUGUCGGGAGGAUUAGAUAUUCUCGCCCUCAACGAGGAGGAUGUUACCAAGAUGUUGGCGGCAACGACCCACCUUGGGUCCGAAAAUGUCAACUUCCAGAUGGAAACUUACGUGUACAAGCGCCGCGCUGAUGGCACCCACGUAAUCAACCUUCGCCGCACCUGGGAAAAGCUUGUGCUGGCUGCCCGCGCCGUGGUCGCCAUUGAGAACCCGGCCGACGUGUUCGUCAUCUCGUCGCGUCCUUUCGGUCAGCGUGCGGUACUCAAGUUCGCCGCACACACCGGCGCUACACCCAUUGCUGGACGUUUCACUCCUGGUGCCUUCACUAACCAGAUCCAAGCUGCUUUCCGUGAGCCCCGUCUCCUGAUUGUGCUGGACCCUGCUCAGGACCACCAACCCAUCACUGAGGCUUCUUAUGUCAACAUUCCAGUUAUUGCUCUGUGCAACACUGACUCUCCUCUGCGUUUCGUUGACAUUGCUAUCCCAUGCAACACCAAGUCCUCUCACUCUAUUGGUUUGAUGUGGUGGUUGCUGGCCCGUGAGGUCCUCCGCCUGCGUGGUGUCCUCGCCCGCGACCAGCGCUGGGACGUUGUCGUCGACCUGUUCUUCUACCGCGACCCUGAAGAGAGCGAGAAGGAAGAACAGCAGGCCAAGGAACAGGUUGUGGCUGUUGUGGCUCCCAAGCCCGAGGUCCCUGCCCCCGUGCACGAGGACUGGAACGAGUCCGUGGAGCCCGUCACCUCCUGGGCCGAGGACGCCGCGCCACCUCCAGCUGCCUCCUUCGGAGCUCCCCCUGCACAAGAGGACUGGGCUGCCCAGGUACAAGAAGAGUGGGGAACCGCCGCCGCUGCCGCCGCGCCAGCUCCCGCGCCCGCUCCCACACCAUCGUGGGGUGGCUCUGCCCAAGACUGGAGCGCUUCGUAAACGUUGCAUUUGCUUUGGUUAAUAUAAACGUCAAAACCUA